AUGGAAAUACAAAAAACAUUAUCGACGCCUAAACCGGCGUCUAAAACAGCUUUUUUGAAAACGAGAAAUGGAAAAUGCCACCGGCCUAGCGGGACACUGCAUCGGAAUCCAUAUUUGAACUUUUUACGAGAAUUCCGUUUGCGCAAUACUGGGCUAUCGGCGGUGGAGAUUAUACGUCGCGGUGCCAGGGAGUGGCGCAGUAUGCCCAAGGAGGACAAACUGCAGUUUAUAGAAGAGGCUUUUUAUGCACCGAAGAAAAGAAAGCCACCACCACCACCACCGGCACCGAUACCCGCGCAGCCGACACAGAUGCGCGUAACGCCAUUCCAAGACGCAUGUAUCGUAUGCCCGAAUCCUUGUGCGAAAAAACGUCGCAGAAGAAAGGCGAGAUGUGCCCGCAGACGCAGACCUAAGAGGAGGCGUUGCGCCAGGAAACGGCGUCCAAAGCGCCGGGGCUGCAAACGCAGAAAGAGAAGAAGUUGCAGAAUAUAGUCGGCGCCGG